AUGGAUGCUAUGCUAGAUUGCAUCAACUUACAGAUUCCCCAGUCAGAGUGCAGUCAGAGUUGUCUUGCAGGAUACAGGAAGGCACCUCAGCCAGGCCAGCCAAUCUGCUGCUUCAGCUGUGUCAUGUGCUCCCAAGGGGAAAUUUCCAACCAAAGUGAUUCUAUUACCUGCCUGAAGUGCCCCAGUCAUCAGUGGCCUAAUGUGAAGCAGGACAUGUGCAUUCAGAAAGUGACUCAAUAUCUUUCUUAUGAAGAGCCACUUGGGAAAAUUUUAACUGCAGUUCCCACAUUCAUGGCUAUGAUUACUGUUAGCAUUUUGGCUGUCUUUGUCAAGUCCCAUAAUACUCCUGUUGUCAAAGCAAACAACCAAGAACUUAGUUAUGUUCUUCUGUUAAGCCUUGUACUGUGUUUCCUCUCUUCACUGAUUUUCAUUGGACGACCCACCCACCUGAUCUGUAUGUUCCGACAAGUUACUUUUGGCCUCAUUUUCACACUUUCUGUCUCUUGUGUUUUAGCUAAAACUCUUGUGGUUGUAAUUGCCUUCAAUGCAAGUAAACCGAACAGCAAUCUAAGAAAAUUUGUUGGACCUGGACUUCCAAGAUCUUUAGUUACACUCUGUACAGUUAUCCAAGUAAUAAUAUGUGCUAAUUGGUUAAAUAUCUGCUCUCCAUUCCAGGAUGAAAACACAGCUUCUGUAACAGGGAAUAUCAUCAUAGAAUGUAAUGAAGGUUCACCCAUAGCAUUUUGGUGCAUGCUGUCUUACAUGGGCCUGUUAGCCAGUGUAAGCCUUGUUGUAGCAUUUCUGUCAAGGAACCUCCCAGAUAGCUUUAAUGAGGCUAAAUACAUAACAUUCAGUAUGCUAGUUUUUGUCACUGUAUGGAUGUCUUUCAUCCCAGCUUACUUGAGCACACAGGGGAAGUAUAUGGUAGUUGUGGAAGUGUUUGCCAUUGUGUCCUCUGGGGCUGGUCUGCUGGUUUGUAUAUUUACUCCUAAAUGUUACAUUAUUCUGCUCAGGCCUGAAAUGAACACCAGAGAUUACUUAAUGGGAAAAGGUGGAUAUAAGAAAUGA